AUGACUGCCAUGGAGUACGACUCGAAGAUCACGAUGCUUCAGGCCUAUCGUUUCGUCGGCUAUGCCGCGAUGACGUUUUCGGCGAUUGCCGUGCUCUCGGUCUGCAUUACUCUUCCCAUGGUCUACAACUACGUUCAUCACGUACGUGCCAGCGUCCAUCACGAGCUGCUCGAAUGUCGCACAACGGCCAGCAAUAUUCUAAGGAACGUCAACGGCCUUCCUGAUCUCCCACAUAACCGCACGGCUCGUCAGGCUGCUGGGGCCGAUGACCCGAACUAUUGUAACGGUUGCUGUAUUGCCGGACAGCCGGGACCUCCUGGCCCGCCUGGUUCACCCGGUAAGCCAGGAAAAGCCGGCGCUCCGGGAGCACCCGGCAAUCCUGGACGACCUCCACAGGAGCCAUGUGAGCCAAUUACUCCACCACCAUGCGAACCGUGUCCAGCAGGACCACCCGGACCACCUGGUGCACCUGGACCAAUGGGAAAUGCUGGACCAGUCGGACCGCCUGGUGAGAAAGGUCCGGAUGGUGAGCAAGGUCCACAAGGAAUGAAAGGAAUGCAAGGUCCUCCAGGCCAAAUGGGUAAUCCAGGCGCGAUGGGCGAGCCAGGUGAGCCCGGCGCGAAUGGCGAACCGCAACCUGGUGCAAGAGGUGAGGCUGGACCACCAGGACCACCGGGACCCAUGGGACCGACAGGUCCACCAGGCAAAGAUGGUGAGAAUGGUCCAGAUGGUGAAAAAGGUCCGGACGGCAUACCAGGAAGUCCGGGAAAAGACGGCGAGGACGGAGAGCCUGGUCCACCUGGAGGAGACGGAAGACCAGGAGAACGGGGUAUUUGUCCAAAAUACUGUUCGGCAGACGGCGGCGUUUUCUUCGAAGAUGGAACUCGACGUUGA